CAACAGUUGACAAACGAUAGCAGCAUCCGAGACACGCCAGCGCGACCGCGAGGAAUCAUUCAGUCACUGGUCACUAAUUCGUUAAGUAGCUACUGAUAAUCGUGCUCAGCGGAACGUGCCGAAAAAAUGUCAGGACGCAAGACACAAGGAAAAAAAAUAAAGAAGACGGAAAGAGAUUUAGAUGCCGAGUUAGAUAAAGAAAUACAGGAGGGAAUGAGAGGAAUAGAGAUAGAUGAGAACGUGAUAGAGAAAGGGGAAGAGACAGAGGAAGAGAUAGAGGAGGAGGAAGAGGAGGAAGAAGAGAAAAAAAACAAAAAGAAAAAGAGAGGAGGACGUUUGCUGAAAGAAAGAAACGUGAUGUAAGUACAUGCUUUUAUAAUUAGUAGUAAUAUAAUAUUUUUCGGCAUAUUAUAGCAGCUCUUUGAUGUUUUACACAUUAAGAUAUAUAAUAUAUAUUUUUUUCUGUUUGAUUUAAAUAUGGAAAACCACGUGGAUAUAAGUGGGGAGGAGGAUGGACAGGAGGGUGGAAAGAAGUAUCGAGAGGAGGAUGGAGAGGAGGGUGGAGAGGAGAGUCGAGAGGAGGAUGGAGAGGAGGCUGGAGAGGAGAGUCGAGA